AUGUCUUCUAAAACAGUAAAAGUUUUAUGGGCAGGUCGUUUAAAUUACCAUGCUGGCCUCAGACUACAAAAACUAUUGUCUGAUCGUCAUCGCCAAAAAAUAGAAGAAAAUACAUGUAAUACAUUAAUAUUACUUGAGCAUAAUCCAGUCUAUACAGUUGGUAUUAGAGACAAAAAUUAUACUCUGCAAGAUGAAGAGAGAUUAAAAAAUUUAGGUGCAGAAUUCUUUAGAACAAAUCGGGGUGGUUUGAUUACUUUUCACGGACCUGGACAAUUAGUGGCAUAUCCUAUAUUAAAUUUAAAAGAGUUUAAACCAAGUGUUAAGUGGUAUGUGUGUCAAAUAGAAAAAAUGAUAAUACGUUUGUGUGCUGAGUAUGGCAUUUAUGCUGAAACAUCACCAGAUACUGGUGUAUGGGUAAAAGAUAGAAAAAUAUGUGCAAUUGGCAUUCAUGGAAGUCGAUAUAUAACAACACAUGGUUUAGCUUUAAAUUGUAAUACAAAUUUAAAUUGGUUUGAUCAUAUUGUGCCUUGUGGUAUAGAAGGAAAGGGUGUAACUAGUCUUAGUGAAGAACUGAAUACAAAUGUUACUAUUGCAGAUGUACUACCUCUACUUAAAAAUGCAUUUCAGAAUCAGUUUCAGUGUUCAUUGGUUGAAUGCUUACCUGAAGAAUCUUCAGAAUUACUCACAAAUGUUACUAAUCUAUUGAAUCGUGAAAUACGUCCAUAA